UAACGUCUUCUUUUUAAAAAGGCGGGGCCGAGAGAGUCAAGUCACAGCUCAGCGACGCCGCUUCCUUUCGCGGAGGAGGAGGAGGAGGAGGGGUGUCAACUGUUGCUUUCAGCGGGAGCAGCCAGAGUUUCCGCGCGCACACUUUACUUUUAACGCCUUCGCAGGGAGCGAGAACAGAGAAGGAGGCGCCAUGGCCGCUCCGCUCACCGGGCUGGGCUGGACCUCCGCCGCCAACGUGGCACCCGCUGGCUGGACUCCGAUUACAACCACUGUGGAAGGAGCCCCUGCUAACUUUGGGAAGGGAUUUGCACAGAAAUCUGGUUACUACCUAUGCUUUACUUCUGCUAUCAACAGUGAGAACCCCACAGGAGAUGUACUACAUGACGCCAUAAUCUUGAGUGAGAAAUCACCACUGCCUUCUGGAUACUCUUAUGUUAAAGAAUUUUUGGAUCCAAAAACUUCCAUCUCCAAGAAGAAGAGGCUAUGUGUUCAGCUAAUCCCGUUGGGUGCAGCAGAAACAGCCGUGUCUGACAUCCUGCUGAGCAGCAAGAGCAAAGUGGUCCCAAACUACAUGCGGAUAGGGGAAAUGAGUGGAUUUGCACUUUGGUAUAGAAAGGAGCAUAUUCUGAAACCAAAACCCCUUCCCAAGCCACGGAAUGUGAGCCUAGAAAUGAAACGACUUUCAUUAGAACCACAGAGUGUAGACCUUCCAUCAGAAAAGCCCAUGGCUCUAUCUGGCCCUAAAAGGCAAGCUACCCUUAAGCGACAUGAGUCCAUCUAUGAAAGUUCGAACGUCUAUGGCAUCUCAGCCAUGGAUGGAGUCCCCUUCACUCUGCACCCCAAGUUUGAGAGCAGCAUCACUAACGGCAAUAAUGCCUAUUCUUUCUUUAAAAACUUGCAUAUCAAAUCUGUUGCUGAUAUUGAGAAAGAGUACAACUAUGGUUUUGUAGUAGAAAGAACAGCAGCUGCCAGACUCCCACCCAGCAUCUCGUAGCACCAGCAACUUCUUCGUGUGCAUUUUUGCUAUCAAAGCUCUUACCUGGACUGUCCGUUAACUCUAUGGGUGCACUCUUAAAAAGGAACGAGCUACCUAGGGCACUACUAUAAUACCUGAAGAUUGUAAAUAUAAUCUUGCCUCUUAGCUGCUAACACACUUUCCUAUAUGGUAGUGCCUGUUAUUCAAAGUCAAACUUCUGUGCAGUAUACUGUUUCUAGCAUAGGCGUUUCAUUUUCUUUGCACAGAACAGACUUGUUUUAUGGGUAACACUAUUUCUAUAUUGAUGGCUUUUCUGCAUAUACAGCUAGUAUAUAGACAAGAAGUAUGACUUUCCUAGAAAUACAAAACAAAUUUUAACUGACAAUGCAGUGAGAAGACUUCCAGCAUCAGGAUAAGAUUUGUUCCACUUCAAGGCCAGUCCCCUCUGAUACAGGAUUUGACACCUUCCUCAAGACUCAAUAGAAAAGGACUUUGACACAAAAAACAAAACAUCAGCCAUAUUUCAAAAUGCACUGAUUGCCAUUUAAUUACCAAAUCCCAUGACCACUUUUUGAGGAGUGUAGGGGUACUAGUAUAAAAGUCAACAGAUGCUGUCAUGUUUGGAAAACAUGAAAGUUAGUGUACCAUUCCCCCUCCCCACCUAGCCUUCGUUGUGGUUUCCAAAACGGCACAAUAUGGAAGUCACCUGCCAGUACCAAACUGGAAUAAGAGAGGACUGUCCACUGUCAAAAGAAUAAAUAUUCUUCCUGCAAUGCUGGGUAGUGGCCAGUU